GUCGUAAGUGAAAUAUAUUUAAUUUGCGCAUAUAAUACGCUGGCCUUCCUGUCUUUGCCUCCUAUCAUUAUAGCAGAUUCUUCCGAACUGAUGGAAGAAAAUCCGCAUCCUUCUGGCCUUGCAUCGAACACACAUUCGGGUCACCAGGAAUUUGACCGGAUGAUAUCCAAUGCAAAGUCCACUGUUGAUACUACCGCCGAUUUCCACUACCACGGUCUGACAAAUCGCAGAUAUGCCCUUGUUGGAGUGGCAUGUUCAAGUAUUCUUAGCUGCUUAUUCAUCAUUGCAGGUGUUAUCACUUUCGCCAAUCACACUAUCCUAGGAGUAACCAGGCUGUUGAGCCUGGUCGAUAUUGAUCAGGCUGCUCAAUUUCAGGGGGUAUUGAUCCUGAUACUUGACUUAAUCGUCAUGUUAUGUACCGAGUCCAUAGGAUUCGUACACAGCGUCUCAUUGCGCUCUGCGCUAGCCUCAGAGUCUCGGCUUCGUUUCAACACCAACCUGCGCCUUCUCACCGCAGCUCGUAGAUGGUACAACCCCAACGGCGCGCUACUUAACGGCAUCUCGGCUGUCCUCCUCAUUAUAUCCUACAGUUCGGCCUCAUCCAUCGUAUGUCUGGACCAAAAUGACUCGGAGACAUCCCAAGCAGUUGGUGUUGCCAUCGCAGGGAUACCUCUCCUCAUUUUGGGUGUCGCACUCCUCCUCCAAGUGAUGAUCGCAUUGUCAGGGAUGCGGGCUGUCAAAAUCUUGACGUGGAGCUCCUCACCUUUCGACUUGACCGCCGCACUAGUCCACCACGCACAAUUGACCCCCACUCCUUUCCGGUGCAUGCGUCGUGUGUCUGACCUAGACACGUGUGGAGGUCCGGCGAAGCCACAAGAGACACAGCCCUCCGCGUGGCAUGCUCACCCUAGCAUCCGGAAAGUUAUCAUUUUUCUUUGGAUCAUCGUUGCAGCAUGCGCUGGAUGGGCCACGCUCGUCACGUGCGUCUGGGACCACUUGGCCACCUAUCCGCUGACCCUACAAACGUGGUCGUUCUUCCGGAGCGCGCAGUCCAAUGCCAUCUGGUAUUGGAUGCCAGGUUCCGAUCUUGAUGUGGGGAUUCUGCUCUAUCUCAACAUUAUAUUUCUCCAGGGACCGUUGACGCUUGGGCUACAUUGCGCGGAGCUCAUCGCGAAUGUCAUCCGAGAUGAAAGACAGUGGAGAUACGCUACCAGAAGGAAAGGACUUGGAGUGUCGACGAACCCGCUGGUAUCGAUUCUUAAUCAUCCGAUCUGUCUCGUACUUUUCAUCACGAAGCCUUUUCUGCACUGGAUGUUUGGGCUUUCAUUCAGCAUAUAUGUGGACACCUAUAAAGAGACCCUAUACGAUAUUCCGAUAAACAUGUACCCUGCUCAAAUCUGGAACUUAUGCAUUGCGCUCUUUAUAUUUGCCUGUUUCUUCACUUUCGUCGCACUACGCCGACCGUCCGGUCCCCAGCCAGCUGCAUACGGCCACCUCCAGACGCUCGCCGACCUUGUGGACGAGUGGUCGCCUGUGAUGUGGUGGGGACACAAGGAGGAUGGAAUUCCGUACUGUCAUGCUGGGACAAGCGAUCACCCACUGCCGGAUGUGAAGAUGGACUGUGUUUAUGCUGGUUCCGGUACUGGGUCACUGGUACCCCUCUCGUGAGAGGUACUUUCUUUGCUUUUAAAAGGAAUUUGUUGCAAUGAUUGAUAGGGGCGGGAGGGACGUUUUGACUGGAACGGACUUGGAAUGUGGGAACCGACAAUUUCAGUAUCAUAUUUACUCUAGAUCUUUA